AUGUGCGCAGACAUUAACGUCGACGUUCUCGUCAUCGGUGCUGGCCCGACGGGUCUCGGUGCUGCCAAGCGCCUCAACCAGAUCAACGGCCCUUCGUGGUUGAUCGUUGACUCGGCUGAGAAGGCCGGUGGUCUUGCCUCUACAGAUGUGACCCCUGAGGGUUUCUUGUACGAUGUCGGUGGCCACGUCAUCUUCUCCCACUACAAGUACUUCGACGACUGCAUCGACGAGGCCCUGCCCAACGACGAUGACUGGUUCACCUGGCAGCGUAUCUCCUACGUCCGCUACAAGGGCCUCUGGGUCCCUUACCCCUUCCAGAACAACAUCUCCAUGCUGCCCAAGGACGACCAGGUCGUCUGCAUGGACGGCUUGAUCGAUGCUGCUCUUGAGUGCCGUGUUGCCAACACCAAGCCCAAGAACUUUGACGAGUGGAUUGUUCGCAUGACUGGUGAGGGCAUUGCCAACAUCUUCAUGAGACCCUACAACUACAAGGUCUGGGCCGUCCCUACCACUGACAUGCAAGCUGCCUGGCUCGGUGAGCGUGUGGCCGCCCCUGAUGUCAAGACCGUUACCAAGAACGUCAUCUUGAACAAGACUGCCGGUAACUGGGGCCCCAACGCCACCUUCCGUUUCCCUGCCCGUGACGGUACUGGCGGUAUCUGGAUCGCCGUUGCCAACACCCUGCCCGACGAGAAGAAGCGCUUCGGCAAGAAGGGCGCCGUUUCCAAGGUUGACGCCGCUAAGAAGGUCGUCACCAUGGCCGACGGUACCACCAUUGCCUACGAGAAGCUGAUCUCCACCAUGGCUGUCGACCAGCUCGUUGAGACCAUGGGCAACCAGGAGCUUGUCAGCCUCAGCAAGGGCCUGUACUACUCGUCCACCCACGUCAUUGGUGUCGGUAUCCGAGGUGAGCGCCCCGAGCGCAUCGGUGACAAGUGCUGGUUGUACUUCCCCGAGGACAACUGCCCCUUCUACCGUGCCACCAUCUUCUCCAACUACUCUCCCUACAACCAGCCUCAGGCCGAUGCCAAGCUGCCCACCCUCCAGCUGGGUGACGGCAGCAAGGCCAAGAGCUCCGAGGCCAAGGAGGGUCCUUACUGGUCUAUCAUGCUCGAGGUUUCUCAGUCGACCAAGAAGCCCGUCGACGAGGCCAACCUUCUCCGAGACUGUAUCCAGGGUCUUGUCAACACUGAGAUGAUCAAGCCCGAGGACGAGAUUGUCUCGACCUACCACCGCAAGUUCGACCACGGUUACCCCACCCCCGCUCUCGAGCGUGAGGGCGUCCUCAAGGACCUCCUCCCCAAGCUCCAGGACAUGGACAUCUACUCCCGUGGCCGCUUCGGCAGCUGGAGAUACGAGGUCGGUAACCAGGACCACUCGUUCAUGCUGGGUGUCGAGGCCGCCGACCACAUUGUGAACGGCGCUGUUGAGUUGACGCUCAACUACCCCGACUUCGUCAACGGCCGCAAGAACGAGGAGCGCCGCCUCAACCAGGGCCCCGUCGCGGCCAAGUCGCUCCCCAGCCGCGCCAAAUAG